AGUGAAACCGAUGCAGGCGCCGAUCGGUGUCCAGAUCAUUCAGAACAUCGUGCCGCACCUCGGCACGCAGGCCACGUCGCUCGAGAAGGUGCUGCGAACGCUCUGCGCCAAGAUCGAGACGCUGGAGUCAUACAUCAGCGCCAUAUCGAAUGGCGUCACAGAGAUGGACCAGCGCCUCCGCACGAUUGCGCACAACAUUGAAGGCUCGACAGACGCAGUUGACGCAGGCAGCGUCAUCCACUUUCCGCUCGAGCGCAAGCUCAGCGAGCGCGCGUCCUCGAAUGUCGUCGACAACAUCAUCAAAAAGUUUGGCCCCGGUACCAAGGUGCGGCACCACCGGCAUCGCCACCACACCAAGGCGGCGACAGUCGACGAGACAACCCCAGACAUGAGCCAGUCGCGCACGUCUGCGCCUGCAGUCGAGUCGCCAAGUAUGAUUCUUGAAGAGGACCGACGCAGUAGUCCAUUGUCAUCGAACGCAACCGGCGACACGGCUGUACCCAGCAUUGUGGCCACGGCUGCUGCUCCCGAGAUCGCGACACCAGCAGCGGUCGAGCCACAGACGGCCUCGGAGGCGACGUCUCAAGAACCCUUGGAAGCUCGUACGUAUGCAGCCGCGGAAGGUCCCCUCCAAGAAGCCUCGGAAGCCGUGCCGCAGGCCACGCCAGAGAACCCCAUCGAAAUGGCGCCGCAAGUAGCGAGAACGACAGAAGCGCCGACCGACGCUGCGUUGGACGCCGCCCAAGCAACGGCAAUCGCAUCGGAUACGGUCGACGUCCCGACAACGCCAAUCGAAGCAGCCGCUGCAGUGUCGGCGCUCGACGACAACCAGCUAGCAGCACCAACAACUGCGCCCAUCGCCAGCCCAGCACCCCUUGCGGUAGACGAAGCGGCCAUGUCAACAGAGCCGUUGAGCGCGUUUCAGGACAAUACGCCGGGUACCGAAAGCAUCGUUACGGCGCCACAGACGUCGAUGGAUGCCAGCGACGUCGCGCCUCCGGUGGCGGCGGCAUUGCCAUUGCGGCGGUCGCAGACCGUGCCCCCGAUGCACAUGGAUGCGCUGUCAGCGGUGGGCCUCGUGGUCGUGCGCAUGCACGCGGCGCCCAAGGUGGCGCACGCCAAAGUAGCACCAAUACCGAGUGCCACACUCGAUACGACCCCCCAAACGGCGGCAGCACCCGUGUCAGUGACUGUUGUCUCGUCCCCAGAACGGAGCAACACCAGCACGGAAGCUCUCCCCCGGGUGCGGUCCAAGCAAGGAUCGAUGCGUCGCCUGUCAUCGUUGAAGCGCAACUCGAUUGAGGCCGCGCCGUGCACUCCGCCCUUGCGAUCGGUUGACACCAAGAGCAACGAGAGCGGCAGUGAUAGCUACAGCGACGACGAUGACGUUGACACUGUCGUUGACGACCCAGUGAGGCCACCGACACCCAACGCUUUGUCUCGGGAAGAGAUCGCACGGCGCAAGGUGCUUGGAAAAGCCGCGUGGGAGAAGCUGCGCAAGAAGCAAUUCCUGCUGACCAAAACCAAGGGGAAUAUCCUAACGACGAAGAAGAAGGACGUUUUUACGAUCGCGCGUCGGCUUGAAAUGCUCGAGAAGCAUUCCAAGGAGCUCUUUGCGGGCUCCAAGCAGACGACCCUCGACUUUCACAACACCAUUGCCGACCUCACGACGCGUGUGCAAUCCGAACUCGCCGCCAAAGCCGACGUCACGUCCGUUCUCUUCGUGACGCAGCUCCAGAACGACGCGGAGCGCUCGAUACAGAGCCUCCUGGACGACGUCGCAAGACUCCAAGCGACCAAAGCUGAUCUUUCCACGGUCGAAGCGAAUAAGACGCGCACGAAAGACGCCAUUGACAAGCUCACCAAAGACCUCGAGUCUCUCCAACGCAAGCUGGGUGUGAUGAGCAUGAGCUAUGACGCCGAGUUUGCGUCGCUCGAGACGCGCCACACAACGUGGAAGAAGGAGAUCGAUGCCCAGCUGCUCACGAUUGCAGGCCAAAUCAAAGCCAAUACGACGCGCAUCGAGGACUCUCGGCGGUCGCUCAAGCGCAAAGCGGAUUUGAAAAUGCUACAUGAGUUGGAAGAAGCCAUUCUACACCACAAAGCCAAAGAGGACGGCAUGUGCAUUGCUCGUUGCUUGUCGUGCCACAAGGAAGUGACAGAGAACCCCGCCGAGAAGAGCGACGACGAGGCUGCUGAGGACGACAAUAGCCUCCUCAAGAAGAUCAAUCCGAGCGUGCAUGCCCAAAAGCAAGUCUAUCGAAGCAGCGUGCCACUGCAUGCGACGCUGCAGCACCUGGAGACAUCGGCGACAGAGGCACCCAUGUCCCCUGGUCCCUUUCGGCCACUCAACUUGGUCGCGGGCAAGAAGGUGCUCAAGGCACGACCAGGCACUGCCCCGAUCCGUGCCAAGGGGAGCAAGAAGCUCGAUGCGUGACGCGUCAUCAAUGCUGCUACGUGUAUGAAGAUGGAUUGUCGUCUUGUCUUGUGCA